UUCAAACAUGUUACAUUUAUCUGGAAAUAAUAUAAAAAAGUGUUUUUUGAGGUAAAAAUAACAUAAAAAGUCAUUUGAUUUUUCAAAGAUUAUGAUUAUAUCAAUCAAAUCUUAUAAUCAAAUAACAAUAAAAAUAAUCUAAUAGGAUUUUCAUUAAGUAUGCUAAAAUAAAUCCCUUCAACGAUACAUAAGUGAAAUAACAAUAUAAUUAUGCUCAAUACCAUAAAGAAUAACAGGUUGAAAUGAAAUUGGGAGAGAACAACUUGUAUUUCUAUGUUAAACUGUGCAAAUGGAAGGCCUUAUUUAUAAAUGAAUGAGGCCUGAGAAAAGAAGAUUACAAUAAAUCAAAUAUACUGAUUGAUUUACACAAUAAACUAGAUACGGUAGAGAAUAAGUUAUAUUAUCAUACAUAUACUAGAAUAUUAUGAAUAUAUUCUAUCAUAAGUAGGAUAAUAUUCUAACAAUAUGUAAUUACCAAACAACUUAAUUUUAUCAUUAAAAAGCUUUUGAGAUUAUUUAAAGACUUUUUACGACCCGAACCCCAAACAAACCCUUAGUUCCAAAGCUUCGGCAAAGUUCAACUGUCAACUGCUAAGAAAGAAUCAAACAGUUGGCUCUCUCUCUCUCUCUCUCUCUCUCUCUCUCUCUCUCUCUCUGCACCGACUUAAAUUAACAAAGAUUGGAUAUCAGAGCAAUCAAGAUAUAUUCAGAUCAAGCAAGAACUGAAAGUCUGAAACAACAGCAAUGCGCUUUCAAGAACCCGGAGAAAAUCCCAAGAAGAUGGCACUGGAAAGAGCUACGACACCGAAAAUGUCAUCCCCCUGCAACAGCACCACCAACUCCAUGGCCAUCUCUGUGUACAAACGCAGUAAGUCGCAUUCGAAAGGAAUAAUUGCCCCGUGGUGCGAUUCCUCUGGAGGCUGUCCGGUGUCGAACAUGAGGUCACUUGCGGCCGUUUUGCCCAAAUCUCCAUCACCCAUUUGCAGCGAUUGCUCCAGCCCUCGAGACUCAACAACUUGCUCUACCCUAUCGCAAACACCCAAUUCUCAAGUUCCCACUUUGUGCCCCGCAAGAAACCUGAGCUCCUGCAUUGUGUCCUUUGAUAGUCCCACUACUUCUUGUAAGGACAUAGAUGGAUGGAUGGAGAAUGCCAAAAGUUGUUGCUGGGUUCGUCAGCCCUAUAUGCUGAACAACCAUUUUAAAGCUCUUGAUCAGGAACUUUCCAGCCUGACUUUACCUUCAACUGAAGAGCUGAGCUAUCAAGCAUACGCUGAUAGCAUGCAUGGAGCCUUCGGAGCCCCAAGCCAGAACGAUGGACAGCAUAAAUUGCUGAGUCACCUGAAACCUCACCAUGCAUUAUUGGAUGUAGUCAAGAGGCGGGAGCUCGAAGCUGAUAUAGAUGCAUGGAAGAAAGCUAAAUUUCUGGAACUCGUGGACGAACUGGAAAGGAAAGAAGCUGCUAUAAGUAUUUGGGAGUUUGAGAAGGCCAAGAAGGCCAUGGAGGAGAUGGAGAAACUUGAGAGCAAGCUGGAGAGAAAACGUUUGCGGGAAAUUGAGAAGACACAGAAAAAAAUAGGCAGAGUCAAUAAAGAGGCAAACAAGAAGAAAUCAAAGGCGAGACGAUCUACAAUUGAGGAGAUAUCAGCAGUUUCAGCAUUUACAGAGAAGAUCCGGGCCACCAAAAGUUCUCUACUGCUCACGCUUAGGAAAUUCGUUAGUUCACAUUCAAAUACAUAGCGACUCCCAACCGCAAUCACAUCAACUUACCAACACCCCCCUUCCAAGUGUUUGUUCCAGUGUCAUUACUGUUUCUUUCCUAUGUGAGAGAAGCGGGUUUCUAAAAAACAGACAACUUAAACAUAGAGUUCAUUUGGCUAUAUUUUUUGUCACCCAAUUGUUGGGAGUUUUGGGAAUGGUGCUUCUGCUUCAAUAAAACCAAGCACUUACCUUGGGUUAUAUUA